UCUCGUGUGAGCCACCGUACUUUCACGAUCCGUCCGCUUCAUACGCGUACACAUGCGCUUUAUCAAUGAUUUUGAAAACGAACAUAAAACUUCUAUUGUAUUAUUAUUUGUGUCGUUGAAGAACACACACACUGAAGUGGUUGGAGCAUAGCGCUAGCAACUUCAAGGUCACAGGUUCGUCCCAGGGAUUGCACGUCCUCAGAAACAAACAAAAUGUAUAGUAUCAUGCAAAGUAAGUCACAAAGCGUUUGCCAAAUGCAUAAAUGUAAAUGUGAUGAGCUGAAUAAUAGAGAAUUUUCCCAUACAAGAAAACAACUACACAUCUAUACAGGACAAAAAUAAAAACAUUUUUUAUGUUUAAAUGUAUGUUGAAAUAUUAAAUAAGUUCACUUUAUUGCUUAUAGAAACGUAUGUUUAGUUUGUGACAUUGUUCAGAUAUUUUAUGAAACUCGUAUGUUUGACAUGUAUGUUAAUAUUUCUGGGUCUUCUUUUGAUGAAUGCCGGAGAUGGAGAUGACACCUAAAAUGAAAAAGAAGAAAGAAAGAAGAAACGAUUAAAUACUUUUUAUUUUGUGGUGUACUUUCCCUUUAGUCAAAGUUCGAAAUGGCUGAGCUAUUAAAGAAAUUUUCAGUCUUUUCUUUAACUUAAUAAAAGUGGACCAUGAUGGUACAGUGAUGUUGACCUUUUCCUCCAGCUUUUGCCCAGAAGAGUAUUUCGAAACGUUCUAAUUAUUCGAAGGCUUUUACAAUUUUUGAAAACAAGUUCAAGACCGCCGUUAAUUCUAAAAUAUAACAACAGAAACGCGCGUGACUGACCGAUAUUUCUCUGAAUUUAUACAGUUUUAUGUUGGUGUUUUAAUUUAAACAAUCCCUUUUAUGUCUUUUCCAGUGUCAGGUGUUGAUGUCUGCGACGCUGCUGUUCCAUCAUGAGGCAAAGAGACGUCUUUACGCCCACAUACAACGCAUCCUCAUCUUCAGAGCUCAGCAUCUCCCAUCAAGCAGAGGAGAUGGAGAGCCAAAGAGAGAGGAAGAAAAAGAAAGAACAGAGCAGCCAUCGAGCACGCUGGUGUACAAUCCCUCCGCUUACUACCGGGUCAGAACAGGCCAAUCUUCUGCCCCGGGCCGUUUCAAUGCAGAGGAGGAACCAUACUCCAAUCUGCCCUUCAAGCCAGCGUACAGACAGCAAAGUAACCCGUACAGCAUUAGCUCCUCCCGACAGCUCUCCAGUGCUAAGAACACGCUGUUAAACCUGGCCUUCAGUAAAGCUGGAUCUGACACAGGACCCCCGUCUACCCCACACAUCCCCAAAGAUCCAAACGUCAAAGGUGAGCCACGCGCCUUUCAGAGAUGUCGACCCGAAUACGGCAGUAUGACGCAUGACCCCUCUCAUCAUUCCUCUGCUAUUGACCUCAAUGAGGCCUUGUUACUUCUUCAUAAAGUCAGUGUUCUCAAAGGCAGCAUGGGACCUUCAGACGUCGCUCUUUUCUUGUGUAAACUCGGCCAGUUGCCCAGAGAACGGUCGGCAGUGGUUCGAGGUGACACGCGAUUCAACAUGUUACUGCGUUACAGCGUGGAAUCCCUUCAGUCCUUCACGCUUCCGCAGUUGCUAGACGUGUUGAGGGCCUUCGUGAAUUUGGGAUUGCCUCAUUCCCACAGUCUGUUAGGAUUGUUCGAAAUAGAGUUCUGCCGCCGAGCAAGUGAGAUGGAGCUUCGCCAGUUGCUGCUCGCGGCCGACUUGUGGCGCUGCCUCGGUCGAUCCGUUCCUCAAUAUCUGGAGAGACUCUUUGAUAACAUCAGUCGAUACUUUAACCAGAUGGGUUCACCAGAGCUAGUUCAACUUUUAUACAUUGUGGGAGAAGGCAGGAGAUGUCCAGAGGCUUUCAUUCAACCCGUUGAAUCGUUACUCUUGCGUCACUUAAACCAACUGAAAGCUGAAGAAUUGGGUGCUGUUUGCUUGGGCCUCUUCAAAUCACAGAUCCGCCUCUCCGAGAGAGCGGCGCGCAUACUCGUGGACCGUACGCACGCUGUAGUGAAGGACAUGAGCGAUUUUGCAAUAGUGAAUGUGAUGAAACUGAUGCGAUUUAGUUAUCUGGACCAUCUUCCGUGGUUGGAAGCCAUGGGAUGUGAGAUACCGGGACGUGCCCCACAGAUGGGCGUUCAAGGCCUCAUGCACGUCGUCUUGGCUUGCUCCGCUCUGCAUUACAGAGAUGAUCGAAUCCUCCUGGCCGUAGCUGAACGGCUGCCCGAUGUCAUCACGCACUGCAGAAGUAAAGACGCCGCUAAGAUGGUGUGGGCCUUCGGUACGUUAGGCGUCCAUCCCAGCCAGUGUCCCAAUCUCUAUCCCUGUCUCACUGCAGCCUUACGUGAACGUCAGGGGGAAUUUCAACGCUUUCCUGAACACCUGCUGACCGGCUUGCUCGGCUUAGCUUUUGUGGGUCAGUUCCCGCAUGACUUGGUGAGCCUGGCGUUGAGCACGGAGUUUAUUACCAAGGCUUGCGGUUCACAAGAGCUGGAGUUGAAAAAAGACUUAUUCACUUUGGAUGGAUCUGUAGGCCUGGAGUUGCCCAUGUGGACGGGUCCGAGACUGAGUCACUCUAUGAUAACAGAAGUGACGAAAGAGUUGUGGGACUUCGCCCGGUCUGAUAUUUGCCAAAAGCCUGAAGUUGUCGAGGCUGAAGCCAUGUUGCAGAAACUUCUGGGUGGAGAGAGGUUCGUGCGCAAACGCAUGAUCCUCCCGCAUCUGCGCUCUGUUGACCUGGAGGUACAUUUGGAUCGCAACGAUCAACCUCUUCCCGUGUCUCCUGAACACCAGACUCUCUCGAAAGACACGUCGGCUCACGGCUGGGAGGGAAAACUCUCCGGAGUUCCUUUGACUGAUGAUCUGUUAGCUCAACUCACCAACAUCAAAAACGUUCCGGUGCAUCCAUCUAACACUCCGCUUCAGAGGUGUAAAGUUGAGCCGGUCCAUGAGAGAGAGAGCAUCUUCAAUGUGGGUGUUGACUUGACAGAUGACCUUGUGAUGGCAAUGACCAAGUCUGGGAUCAGCUCAUCUCAGCGAGACAGAUCUAAAGCAUCUGUCGUACGUCUCGCUGUUCAAGUGACAAACAGGAAUCAGUAUUGUUACAGGAGUCAUCGGUUGCUGGGUUUGCAUGCACUGAAGCGGAGACAGCUCGAGCUGGCCGGGUACAGAGUUGUGGAGCUGCCUCAUUGGGAAUGGUUUCCACUGCUGCGACGCUCGCAUGCGGAGAAACUUGCGUACCUACACUGCAAGAUCUUCAGUGACUCCAAAAAAUAAACUGGAUUUUUAUACACAGAUUUUGGACGUAAACUUGUAAAAGUUCUCUUGAUCAACCUUCAACUCAUGUCUUUUCUUAAUGUACCAAACCACUGAAAUGUUUUAUUUAAGUUAUGUAUCGUUUAGUAAUGUCAAUCAACUCUACAGUAUGCGUAAGUUCUUUUUUUGUAGUUUGAAUGUAAUGUCAGCUAUAAGUUAGUUUGUGCCAAACUCAAUAUCUUUAUUAGUGAUGGUCAUUUAUGUAAUGAUAAUGAAUGACACAGUUAAAUUCUCUUUUAUUGACAUUUCUGAUUAUACAAUUAUUUUAGAAAUAUGUGAGGCUUUUAAAGAAGACCUGCAAUUACAGUUGUUGCCACAUGAUUACACCUUAUAUAGGCUACACAUGACAUUCAUUUCCUAUAUUGGUAUAAAACACUAUGUUAAACAUUAUUGGAAUAUACUAAACUGCCAAUGUUUUUUAUAAUGUAAAAUAUGGUAUGUUUUGUAAAUAAUGUUAGAGAAACCGGUAAGAUUGCAUCAUAUAUAAUGUAAUUGUUACCAACUCUACGUUGACUUGUAAACAGUGACAAGUGUUUCACUGAAUUGAAUCAUCAGAAGAUGAGUCAGAGCAUUUGCUUUUCAUAUUUUGUCUCACCAAACCCUAACUGUAUCAUUGUGAUGUUUAACUUUGUUAAAAGUGUGUUCUAGAUUAACCCCAAAAGUGAUUUUGCAUUCAUCUUUAGUCUGCAGACAGAUGUUGUCAUUUCUACUGAUGACCUACAAAACUGCUAGUUUUAUGUCUCUUGUUUUACCUUUUUCAUUUCACAUAAUAAAAUAAUUCUCAAAUCAA